AUGCCUAACAACAACAAUAUCCACAAGCCCAAGGUGCUGGGCAAGAAGCCCCGGCAGCACAACAAGAACAAGGGCAACUCGUACGUGCGACGAGACGGCAAGGGUGUCGAGCUCAAGUCUAAGAUGGUGACCAAGAAGCAGGCCAAGAAGAACUCGAGAAACGCCGACUACAUUGUCAGCCGACUGGGCGAGAUUGACGUCGACGCCAUCCAGGCGGUGGGCAGCCGAAAGCGAGCCAACAUCAUUGGCAAGAUUGCCGAGUCCGUGGACGUGAUGACCAACGCUGACGAGGACGAGGACGAGAUGGUGGACGACGCCGAGACCAAGACCCAGCUCAAGCGACGUAUGGCCCGAGAAGAGCUCGACCGAAUCACCUCGACACAGAAUCCCAUCAAGAUGGCUCUUACUGAAGACCCCGAUGCCACAGAGAUUGCUUUUCAGAGCGGCUCCAAGGGCACCACUCUGGGCGCUCCUCUGGCGGUUUGA